GGAAGUGGUGAUCACUAUUGUCACACCCUACAACUCCAUAACCACAUUACACUUUUCAUUCAAUUCUGAAUCCACUUUUCUGUUGAUUUUUUCUUCUCCGAACAUGGGUGAAGCUCCAGUAUUCUACAUUAAUGGGUUCUCAAAGUUUGAACACGAAAUCCAACAGCAGAACCAUGUCAACGACCAGAACCAUGAUUCCUCUUGGUACGAGGAAAUCAUCGAUGAAGAUCUGAAAUGGUCUUUUAAACUCAACAGUGUGCUUCAUAAAGCGAUUAGUGAGUACCAGGAUAUAACACUCUUAGACACCAAGCGUUUUGGCAAGGCUUUGGUUCUUGAUGGGAAGAUGCAGAGUGCAGAAACAGACGAGUUUAUCUAUCACGAAUGCUUGAUUCACCCUUCUCUUUUGUGUCACCCUAAUCCGAAGACAGUGUUUAUAAUGGGAGGAGGUGAAGGUUCUGCAGCAAGGGAAGCCCUUAGGCACAGGUCAAUGGACAGAGUGGUUAUGUGUGAUAUCGACAAGGAAGUGGUAGAUUUCUGCAAAAAAUACUUGAUUGCAAAUAGGGAAGCAUUUUCUAAUAAGAAGCUCGACCUUGUCAUCAAUGAUGCCAAGGUUGAAUUGGUGAAGAGAAAGGAGAAAUUUGAUAUCAUUGUUGGAGAUUUAGCAGAUCCACUUGAAGAUGGACCUUGUUACCAACUCUACACCAAAUCCUUCUAUGAGAAGAUACUGAAACCAAAGUUGAAUGAUAAUGGCAUUUUUGUGACCCAGGCUGGACCAGCAGGUAUCUUCACACACAAAGAGGUUUUCACUUCUAUAUAUAACACAAUCAAACAGGUCUUCAAAUAUGUCAUUGCAUACACAACUCAUGUACCAUCAUUUGCUGACACAUGGGGAUGGGUCAUGGCUUCGGAUGAACCACUAUCAAUUUGUGGUGAAGAAAUGGACAGAAGAAUCGCAGAAAGAAUAGAUGGGGAACUUCUCUAUCUAAAUGGUGCUUGGUUCCAUUCAUCCACAACCAUGAAUAAAACGGUUCACCAAUCUCUGCAGAAUGAAACUCAUGUUUACACAGAAGAAAAUGCUAGAUUUAUUCCAGGACAUGGAAUGGCUUUUCGACUCUAACGUUUCCACCCAUAGAUUGAGGGUAUUGUUUCGACCAAUAAUAGGAUGCAUUAUUAGUUUCAUUGCCAUUGAAGUAUUAUCUCCUUGGACUCUUUAGGUUUUAUGGUUUUUUCUUCAUAAAAUAGGUUUUAAAAAAUUAAGUGUUUAUAAAAUUAUCUUUAGUCUUCAUUCAAAUAAAUAAAGUUAAACCUUUUUAAAUUAUGUUCUGAAAUAGUAGUUUUCCUUUGAAACUUAGGGAUUCGAAAACUUUGUUAUCAGAAAAAGUUUCACAUUGUUUAAAAAUUAAAAAAACAUUGCAGAUUCGGGAUCUCCAAGAAAUAAAAGUAGAUUUGUAAUAUAUAAAUGAAUUAAACUUUAUUUAUAACUCAGUAAUAACGUUGAAUUAGGUUAAAAGUCCAAUUUUUAAGAUGUUAUUAGAGUUAUUUAAAACAUAGAAAUAAAUUAGAUUUAGUUUAUAUAAGUGUGUUUACAUAGUCCAAACAGAUAACCCUUUCAAUUCAGUGAAACUAUGAAUGGAGAAGCUUUGUGGCCGAAUACAGAAACUCUUGCAUACUCUGACUCUCACCUCAAAUCAUUGCGUGGUACAGUCCAGGUUUAACUUCGAAGAUAAUAUUGAGAGGGCACGUUCAAUUUUUGUAAUCCAUGCAUAUUAUGAUGCAUGUUUUCAUUUGUAAAUUGGUGUUGGAGUAUGUUGGAUUUUGCUGUACAGAAUACAGAGAUAUUGGAAGAAAUGAACAUUAAAACAAAAAGAGGAGCAACAUCAAUCGCAUAAUUCUAUCAAUGUAUUCCAAUUGUCUUCAA